GUGAAGCGCUGUGAAUACUUUCCGGAUGCACUGUAAAUGCUUCACGCUGCAUUGGUGAAGCCAAAUCUAUGCCCUUGGUCUGGGUACAGUAUUACAUGCACAGUUAGUUAUUUUCUAUACUAUAUUGACUCUUGAUGGUCUGAGGUCAGCUGUCUCUCCAGAAACAUUCAUCAAAAGUCAAUAUUUGUUCUUUGGUUUCGGAAUACGUGCAUAAACAAUGUGAAAUCUGUCCUAUAGUUACAAACAAACCAUGUUUGAUUCCAUUAGGAUUGGUUCCAAAUUAUUCCUUCUCAAAAGCUCAUUUUUGCCUGAAAAAUCCCUCUGAAAUUCAUCUAUUUUUACAAAUAACCAAUGAGAGAUUGUUCCUGAUGUCUCAAAGUGGCAUCAACCCUGAAAAUAACAGAAUUAUCCCAUAGCAUCUAUUUCUCUCACACAUUCCAGGUGUGUUUUAGGGUCUGUCCCUCGCUCACAUGCAAAUCACAUGAGUCAAAAUCAGCAGCGUGUGCAUCUGAUUCAAUUAUUGUGCACACCCAGAGAGAAAGAUAAACUUAUUGGGUAGAAAGUCUCAUUCACACUACCAGGACACACCAACUCAUUUGUUAUUACAGCAGUUAUUGACUCACUGGUAUUGCAUUUUCCAUCUGAAUAUUGACAGUUUUAACCCAGAGGUAUGGGUACAUUUCUCUGUGAUGUUGUGCAAUAUUUAAUUCUACUGACAUUGCAUCAUGUUAGAAUAAUUUCUAAUGUAAAGCUGUCAUUAUAAUUAUAUAUGCACAUAAACAACUGAAUAUUCUGAUGUUUUGAUGGUAAUAAUUGUUGCAGGGGCCCCCCAGUCAAGGGCCAAAAUACACUUUGCACUGUGUGUGUCCCCUCUAUGCCAUUGUGAAAUGUUUUUAAACUUAUAAAUGUUGGUUUAUUAUAGAGUUGUGUUUUCAUUCACUGCAGUCACUGUCUCCUGCUGUGAUCAAACGAGCUCUAUGCAUAAUUUUGCUCUGUCGAAUCCUACUAUGGCAUAGACAGAGCUCAUGAAUAUUAAUAUCCUCAUUCCGACGUUGCUCGGAAACAUUGGCGUCCUAUUGCGUGUCCUACUUAAUAUUCAUAAGCCACGCCUCUAACACCGUGCGAUUCGCCAGCAAGCCAGCGCCCUCUUGUAUUUCUGCCAAUCAGACAGUCCUAUUGGCCGAACGUCAGCCUACGUAAUUAAUAUGCAUAAGUUAAGUCUUUCCCAUAGUAGGAUUGGUCGACUCUCUCUCCGGUUGUGAAGGAGUUAACGGGGAGUGCAGAAUUCCGCACCGGCCGCAGUAGAUGAUCGCAAUAUUGAUAGCGAGAGGUGUCGCGACGCUACAACGCUCCUCGGAGACAUCAAACCGGCGCCUUUGGAAAUACUAUUAGGAUAUAACGCAACGGGAUCGGGAUCAUUUUGCAUCUAAACGGAAACGUCACGCGCAUACAUACAUACGUCUCAGUAGUGAUGCGUUUGCGUCCAUCUGGAUGAUGCGACGCGAACGCGAGUGUUGCGCGUCGCGCUGAUACUGAAGUGGAUACAGAUGAUGUUGUGAAUAUAACAUUAUAUCAUCGCGUAUGUCGUUUACAGAUGAGCGUCGCGAUCAGUCCUGCUGGAUCAACCUGAGGUGUCUUGGUUACGAGCGCAGUGGUUCUAGUUCAUGGAUCCGCCCUGGUGGGGUUCGAACCUGCAACCUUCGGGUCAGCCGCCUCAGGUGUUUGAGCAGUAGGGCGCAGCUGCAGUCAUGUUGCCCGGGGUGGGUGUAUUCGGCACCAGUCUCACGACUCGGGUCAUCAUCCCUCUGCUGAAGAACGAGGGCUUCUCGGUGAAGGCGUUAUGGGGUCGCACGCAGGAGGAGGCGGAGGAGCUCGCGCGCGAGAUGAACGUGCCCUUCUACACUAACCGGAUCGAUGACGUGCUGCUGCAUCAUGAUGUGGAUCUGGUGUGUAUUAACCUGCCGCCGCCGCUCACGAGACAGAUCGCCGUCAAGACGCUCGGUAUUGGAAAAAAUGUAAUAUGCGACCGGGCCGCGACACCGCUGGAUGCCUUCCGCAUGAUGUCAGCAGCCCAGUACUACCCUAAACUGCUCAGCAUAAUGGGUAAUGUGCUGCGCUUCCUUCCAGCAUUUGUUCGCAUGAAGGAGCUCCUGGAAGAAGGUUAUGUCGGGGAACUUUUGGUCUGCGAGGCGCAAGUGCACGGUGGCAGCCUUCUUGGCAAGAAGUACAACUGGAGCUGCGAUGACCUCAUGGGUGGCGGUGGACUCCACUCUGUGGGCAGCUACAUCAUCGACCUGCUCACGUUUCUGACCAGCCGGCGAGCAAUGAAGGUCCACGGCUUCCUCAAGACUUUCGUCAAGCAGACCGACCACAUCCGAGGUAUUCGUCAAAUCACCAGCGACGACUUCUGCACCUUUCAGAUGGUGCUAGAGGGUGGCGCUUGCUGCACUGUUACGCUCAACUUCAAUGUUCCAGGUGAGUUCCGUCAAGAAGUGGUGGUUGUGGGCACAGCCGGCAGGUUGACGGUGAGCGGGACGGACUUGUACGGACAGAAGAACGAAGGCGAAGGUGGACAGGAGCUCUUGCUGAAAGACAACACCCCUGUGGGGAACGCAUCCUUACCUGACAAGGCAUUCCGAGACAUCCCAUCGCCUUACCUUACCGGCACCAUCUGCAUGGUUCAGGCAGUACGGCAGGCGUUCCAAGACCAAGACGACCGUCGUACCUGGGACGGUCGGCCGCUCACAAUGGCUGCUACCUUUGAGGAUUGUCUAUAUGCACUUUGUGUCGUGGACACGAUCAAGAAGUCCAAUCAAUGUGGAGAGUGGCAGAACAUUGUUGUGAUGACAGAAGAACCAGAGGUCAACCCCGCCUACCUGAUCAGCGAGGCCAUGCGUCGCAGCAGAAUGUCGCUGUACUGCUAAUGCAACUCGUAAGAUUUGGGUAAAGUGGAAACGCAAGCAAGGUUGGUUGCAGUGAAGCAUUCUUACUGUAAGCAAACAGUAAAAGUCGCUCUCACAUGGAUUGUAAUUCCGAAGACCAUUCCUUGCAGAGACUUGUUGGAUUUACCAGUUUUAGAGACUGGAGUCUGUACAUUCUGUUUUCCUGGGAAUACCAUACCUUGAAGACAUGCAACCAGUGGAGGCUCAUGCUAUUAUCUGCGGCAUCCACGCACAACUCGCCAUGCGCCCCACUGAGAGCGAGAACAACAUCAUAGCGGCCACGAGGAUUUUAACUUGACUCCAGUCAGGCUUCCUAAGAAACCAAUUGGCCCGGUUGCUAGGGAGGGUAGAGUCAUGUUGGGUUAACCUCCUCGUGGUCGCUAUAAUGUGGUUCUCGCUCUCGGUGGGGCGCGUGGUGAGUUGUGAGUGGAUGCCGCGGAGAAUGCGUGAGCCUCCACACGCGCUAGGUCUCCGCAGCAACGCGCUCAACAAGCCACAUAAAAAGAUGCACAGAUUGACAGUCUCAGACGCAGAGGCAACUGAGAUUUGUCCUUCGCCAACCGGAUUGAGGCGAGUCACUACGCCACCACAAGGACUUAGAGCGCAUUGGGAAUUGGGGAGAAAAGGCAUGCAACCGGUGGAAACUUGCUUUGUCCUUGUUGCACGGAGUUAAAUUGUCACCAGAUGGGCUUGACUGCAUCUCUCCUGUGUUUUUGUAACACAUAUUUGUGUGUCGGCCAUUGGUUAAAACGUCAGUUGUUUGGCUGCUAGUCCUACUACAGAUCAAGUCAUCAAGUAUGCAAUAAAUCUGCCUAGAUAUGCUGUCAAAGCCAUGCUUUGCUGAAAUACAUGGCAUGCAUGUGUUCUUAUGACUGUUUGUACUUUGAGGUUGGCACAAAAACAAACCAUGCUAAUACAAUCCUGCUCUUCUGUCUGGCUUUUGUGUGAAGGUACCGAUGGGAUGUUAAGAUCAGCUUCAUGUGUCUGUUUGUGUUUGCAUGCUAGAGCAAAAGCGUUUAAUGUAAUAGUGUGGAUGUGGACUCCAGCCGUCAACCAAUGACUGAAACUGCAUGAGAUCUGCACUGACACUGUAAAGAGAAGGUGUAUUUUAUGUAUUACGAGGUAGACUUGGGGCAAAACGCUGCAAGAAUAUCAAAUGUUUCAGUAUCGGUCAAACCACAUAUUAGAAAAUGUAUUAUAGCAAGUUAUUGUCUUGUCGAUCCAUUUGACAACAGUUUGAUAGCCCUUCAUUUUCCACCUGAAGUUCUGAUUCUGAGCCUAAUAUGGCACGUGUGAGUCUUUUAUGAGGUUGGCACAUCUACAUGGUUCUAGACCACGUGCCAUAGUGGUUCUCAACUGGUUCUCUUCAGGACCCAGAUUUUACAUUGGAGAUCCAGUGGUGACCCAACACAGUACCAAAAUUGUUUAUUGUACAAAAGUAAACAAAUUUAAUAUUAACUAAUAAUAAUAUUAUUAUCAUGAACUGCAUAUACCCAACAAUAUGCAACAUUUUUAACAUAACAUAUAGGCUGAAUAGAAAAUGUGACAAUUUGUAAAUCCAUAACAACAGAACUGUGAUUUACCAAUUAUUUUAUUUAAGUUGUAUUGUAUUUAACCCCUUAAAUAGUUUUGCUCUUGGUUUUCAUGUAAAUGACAGAUGAAUUUGCACCAAAAUACUGUAGACUGAUUGGAUGCAUAGUUUGUUGCAUCAACAACAAAAGCUAUGGUAAGCGUUUUGUCCUCUUUUAAAAACUGACAAGCCAGUCUAAUGUUAAUUGCAUCUUAAUAUUUAGCAUUGUUUUUUUUCCACACUGUUCGCUACCCAACAGUUCAGAACCGAUGCGUCUUUGAGGGCUAGCCUAUGUGUGAUAAUUGAUAAACCUGAAAAUAUGCUAAAGGGUGCUAGAUUGUCAUAUGAACACUUGUACUGCUUUUUAAUGAUAUGAUGGCUGUGCUACACAAAAUAAAACAGAACUCAAUUCCAAUGUUCAUUGUGUAUACAACAAUAAACACUAGAAUAUGGGUUCAAUCUCAUUUUAUUUAGUGUAGCAAUGCAGUUAAGGGUAAACUUUACAACAAAAUUAUAGCUUAGGGGAUUUGUUCCCAUCCAUCACUCCAAUUGCAUUUUAUGGUGCGUUCAUGUCAUGUCAGAAUUACAAUAUUACAAGAUUUUUACUUAUAAAAUCUUCGUAGUUAACGUCUUUGUAAAACUCGUAAUAAUUCUAUGAAAGCUCAGACUUAAUCGUCAUAAUGUCAUGCUUAAAGAACCAAAACGGCAGCAGCCUCAGCAUUUAAAGGUAGCUUAACCCUCCUAUUCUGAUUAAAAAGAACCGCUUACUUUGCUGCUUAUGGUCAUUUUUACAGGUGUAACUUUUUUCUUUAUAUAUAUAUAUAUAUAUAUAUAUAUAUAUAUAUAUAUAUAUAAAUUAUACAAUUUCUUCUUCUGAAGUAAAAACAAUAAAAUUCCGCACUUCUUUUGGGAUUUUAUGAACUUAUUUACAUAUUAAUGUAGCGAUUUCCCCAUUCAUAUGUAACUUCGUUACAGUAAAAACCUACCUACACUUCUAUAAGUUUAAACAUGAAGAAAAUGUGAGAAUGUGUCAUGUAUUGAUGCUGCCAUCUGGUGAAAAAGAAAAAUAACAUGACUUGAAAUCGUGUUAUGACAGUAAUAGCCAGUAGAUGGCCUACUGUGUAUAAUUCGAAAUGUUUAGCAUUCUGCACCUCUUCAUUUCUGUGUGUGUUUGCCUGCAUUGUGGCUGAUUUAUAUAUUUUAUGUGACAAAUAAAAAAAAAAAAACAAUUGUUCUGUCUUCCCCAUUCAUUUCAUAUGGUCGGUCAAUUUUGACCGCAAACAGCAAAAGUGUUGUUUUUUUUUUUGUUUUUUUUUUUUUACACCCACUUACACUUAUUGGAUCAAGUAAUUUGUUGUGUGUUCAGAUAGCAAGUGGAGAAAAAGUCACUAAGUAUUGUACUGCUCAGAUAAAGAGAACCAUUUUUAUUACAUUGGAAAAAGUGAUUUUGGUCAAAAAUGACAGAACAGAAUAGGAAGGUUAAAUAAAUGUCUGUUUGAUAUAAUGUUUUUAUUGUAUUCACUGUUACUUGAUUGCUUUUUGUUUUGUUAGAACAUAUAGAGGUGAAUUAAUGAAUUAAUGUAGUGAUUAAACAUUUUGCUAUAAUCGAUAACAAAGCAACACAUGGAUCCGUUUUGGUGCUAUGAGCGUUGCUGUAGAAACAAAUUAUUUCUGUGGUCUGAGGAUGUGAACAGCUCCGGGUAGAAUCUCUGAAGUGUCAUCUCGUAAUUACUGUAAUUCCGACUCGACAUGAAUGCACCAUAAAAAUGGUUAUUAUUUGUAGGAAAUAAUGAUUGAUCUGCAAGAAAAAAAUCAUUUUCUAGUCCCGAUCAAAAUUGUUAAGCUCAGUUUGGCAUCAAAGUAUUAUAUUGUCAGCUUGCAUUUGUUCAAUAUAUACAAUUAAAGACAGGUUUUUCAGCUGUCGUAUUUGGUUGUAUAAAUCACUGUGGGACUUAUCAUUGUAUAGCAGCCUUAUGACAAAAGACUGGAAUGAAUUACUUCAUAGGUUUAUUAUUUUGAUAUUGUCCAAUCAAAUGUGGCUGUAUUUUAUUUCUUUGCUGCCUGUAAAAAUACCUGCUGUACAUGACUGGAAACAUGCUCUAUGUAGUGUGUGGAUGUAUUUUUAUUUUAUCCUGAAUGUUUCAUAUCAGAUCAGGAAGUGUUUGUAUUGUGAAACAGGAAAUAAGAGGCCUUUAAGUGUACAUCAGUGUACUAAUAUUGUCAUAAUAUCACUUAAAGUUACUUAAAGCUCAGUCUCAAUAGUUUCAAUAAUGGUGAUGAGGAAAAUGCUGUAAGAUCCAUCUUGAGAUUUGGUCCUUGUCUUGAGAGAUGCUGUUAUCCCAAAUUUACAUGGACAAACUGGAGUCAUGUUGCCAACUACUGUAUGUUUUCAGCACCUGUUUUGAACAAAACUCAACAAUGCUUGUGAAAAAAACAUGUUACAACUGGAUAUGUUUAAAUGUAUGAUUGUACUCUUUGUAUGUGAAUAUCUAUAUACUCUUCCUGUUGGGCAGCAUGUGCAAAUACCCUCAUUUGAAAGAUGAUCUGGAAUUCGGUGGUAAAAUGGUGUUUGUGGUGGUCUGGAUUUAACACGGCUUUGACGGAAGUUGGAUGGGUUCUUUUUUUUUUCUAGAGAAACCCUGACAAGUCAUUAAAGGAAUACUCCGGGUUCAAUACCAUCAAUAUUAGUGAUCGACCGAUAUGGGUUAUUUAAUGGCCGAUGCCAAUAACCAGAGAUUGGCUGAUAGGCCGAUACAAUGCCGAUAUAUCACACAAUUUAAUAUAGUAAAUAACAUAAACAACAUUGCUAAAAAAAUUUACAAACUCUUAUUUAGAACUAAAUUUACUCAAUUUCACACAAAACUUUAACUGGAUUUUCGUGAGGUUCGUGAAUUACAUUUGUUUAGACGAGAUAUUUGCAGACGUUUUAUUGGUAUUUGCCUUUUAUCAUUAGAAAAUAAAGUUAAAAGUUACAGUGAACUAUUGAGGAGAGACUGCUUUAGAGGUAAAUAAAUGAGCGCUCCACAGGAUGCUGGAUCUGCUCAAGUUUUGUGAGGUUGGUUUAUUACAUCUGUUUAAAUGAGAUAUGCACAUAUCAGCAGAUGGUAUAUGAUAUUAGUUUUAUCGAUAUUUGCAUUUUUAUCAUUAGACAAGACAGUUAAAAGUUACAGGGAACUGUUGAGGAGUGAGAGGGAGAAUGAAACAGGCAAGCGCUUUAACAUUAUGAGCUCAAACGCAUCUGCGUCGCGGCUCUGAUAUGUGGACCGUUUAAAUGACACUGUGUUGCACACCGGUCUAUUAUUGUAGUAACAUGAUGGCAUGUAAAAACAAAACGAACCAUGACUGAACAUUUACAUGUCUCAGUCGCUUCACAUGCAAGCAUUCAAUUCUCUACACCCUCAAGAAACAAAUUGGCCAAACAGGAAAAUUUAUCGGCUGAUGCUGAUAAUUUAAAAAAGUCAGAAUAUCAGCCGAUUUAUUGACCUCGGUGAUAUAUCGGUCGACCACUAAUCAAUUUUUUUUUUUUUUUUUUAAUCUAGAGAAACCCUGACAAGUCAUUAAAGGAAUACUCUGGGUUCAACACCAUCAAUAUUCCAGGUUCAGUUAACCAAGUUAAGCUCAAUCGACAGCAUUUGUGACAAUGUUGAUUACCACAAAAAUGUAUUUCGACAGAAGCAAAAAAUCUGGAUUACAGUGAGGCACUGACAAUGGAAGUCAAUGGGGCAAAUUUUUGGAUUGUUUAAAGGCAGAAAUGUGAAGCUUAUAAUUUUAUAAAAGCACUUACAUUAAUUCUUCUGUUUAAACUUAUUUGAGCUAUAAAGUUGUUUAAAUCAUCAUUGUUACGUUGUUUUUAGGGUUUUAGGCUUUACAGCAUUACGUAGUCAUGGCAACAAAGUUGUAAAAUGUCAUAUAACUUUACACAGAAAAGGUUAGUAAGUGAUUUCAUCACUUUAAAAUCAUGAUAAAACACAUAUUGUUUACGUCGUGUCUAUACUUUUGAAACUGAGUAUUUGAACGUUUACAGAUUGACCUCGCUGACUUUCAUUGUAAGUGUCUCACUUAAAUCAAGCUUUUUGCUUUUUUUAAAGAAAAGGAGCGACGAGUCAAAAUGAAUUUUUAUGAUAAUUAACAUAGUUACAAAUGCUGUUGGUUGUGCUUAACUUGUAUUGAACCUGGAAUAUUCCUUUAAAUCUCACGAAUGCUGUCAAGAAAGACUGGGACAUAUUUUUCAGCAAAAAAGUGCAAAAGUACAUUAGGACCUGCUUUUAGGACCAUUAAGCUUGCCAAUGCAAAUGUUUGUUUGUUUCUUUGUUUGUUUGUUUGUUUUGCAUUGUGACAUUAUUUGCAUGACAGUACAUCCCACUACCAUCCCAAAUUGUCAUUGCUGUAGGCCUAAUGCAAAAAAAAAAAAAUGAUAUUCUUUAUAUUGUAAAGUACAAUUGUAAGUAUACAUCAUGGCAGUAGUUUUUUUACCAAGUUUAAUUUAUGCUUUUUUUUUUAAAUAAAGUGUCCAGACAAAAUUAUUUUCAUCACAUGAGGUUUUUUUUUCUUUUUUUCUCCACAUUACAGUAAUGAGAUUUUCAGGGAGAUUUUCUUAAAAUCUUAAAAUCUUUUGGGUUGAAAUGUGAUUGGAUAUUUCUUGGUGAGAAUCGGCCUACAAUUUGAAAGUUCUAACAACACUGAUACCUGUUAUUUUAACAAAUGACCAUACUUCGCAAACAUUGGUCAUCAGCUUUUAAGUGCAUCUUAGAAAUGGCACCAUUUCACCCGCUGAUGUGAAAGAAACAGACCUGCUUUUUGUACAUGCUCAGAUCGUAUCCCAGCAACCAUCUGCCACAGUGUCAGACUCAACCCAUCUGAAACAGUUUACCAUCUUUAAUGCCAGCUGGCAUUAAACACACAAUGUGAAGUGUGUUAUUACAGUGUGAAUAGAGUUACUACUUUAAGUGUAGUUUAUAAUAAUAUAAUUCAUUAUCCACACACAUGUAGGGGUUUUCCAGAAACAUUAAAGAAUAAUAAAUAAACUAAUAAUAAUGUAUUAAAUAUAUCCGUUAAUAAACAUAUUAUAUAUAAUUCAUUUCUUAUGAAUAUAUUUAACGUAUCUAUAUUUCCCCUUUAACAACCCAAGUUCAAAUCUAACUUUGUCUCACUUUUUACCAUCCUGUUUCCUGUACCAACUCUCAAAAUUUCCUUUAAUACUACUUAUAAUAAUGGAUAAAAACAAAUAUGAUUUGAUUGAUUUCCUCACAGUGAAAGUCAGGGAGAGAAAGGAUCAAAUUAACCAUUACUAUAGUAAUAUUGUAAUAACCAUGUUUUUCCUAGCAGAAGCCAUAGUUUUACUACAGUAAUAUGGUGUUAAUAUACUAACCAUGUUUAAUUUUUUGGUCACUGUGAUUUUAGUGUAAAAUACCAUGGUGAUACUUUGGUUACUGUAGUAAAACCAUGGUUAAUUUUGUAAGGGAAUGUUAGGGUUGGGUUUAGGGGUAGGGGUUGGGGUUGGUGUUGGUGUAAGGUGUCUAUAUAUAAACACAAUAAACACGGUGCAGUGAUGCCCCUAUACUGCAUUUAUUUAAACAGGGGUGCAAGUAGUAUCUCCCGCUAUUUGUACCAGAGUGCAAAUAACCUCUGCCUUAAUUUGAACCUUUAUGAUUAAGUUAACACAUACACAUGCAGAAAUGUUGUCAGUACUUUAUCGAACAAAACAAAAAUGUUCAUUUUACUCAAACACAUAGCUAUAAAUAGUAAAUCAAGAGAAACAGAUAAUUUUGCAAUGGUCUCUUCAUUUUUUCCAGAGCUGUGUAUACAGUACAUAAUGGACCAUGGUAGAAAAACACUUAAUCUCCCAAAAUGUUGAACCAACAAAUAUUUCUUUUCUAAUUGUGAUUCACCAACUUCAAUAUCCAGCCCAAUUCACACUAAUCCGUUUAAGUUCGACAACUUUGUGUUUUUUAAGUUUCCAAUCUGUCAAACAUUUUCCAAAGUACGUGGGUAUGGAGAGCGUUUUCGAAAGUCUGUUUUCUGUGAAGGAAAAUGCUGUUCGAAUGUGGAUGCGAGGCGUAAAUGUAGCAAAAUCUGAACGUAAUCAGAUUAGCAUGGAUGACAUGGUUUUAGAUUUUAAAUUUUGCACCACCCUCUAAAGGAAGUUGAAAGGUUCAAUUGGUUUUCCACUAUAAGUCUGUGGUGUAACCAUGGUGAAUUUGACAUGUUUAGGCUGAAAGGAGAAUGACAGAGCAAGACCACCACGCGUUUGGUUUGCAAAUGCUGCCCAUCUGCAGUGCUGUGAUGCCCAAAAUGUUAAUGUUGAAGGACUACUGUCCAUUUGAAUGCUUUAUGAAUGUUUUUUGAGCGUAUAUUUAUUGUACUAUAUGUAUAUUGUGGAUGCAUGGACUCUUGUAUAUAUUUUGGAGUGAUAGAAAACUUAUUUAUCAGUCUUAGCGAAUGUACUGUACUAGCAGCAUCACAUUUGAUAUGUUAUAUGUCUGCUGUAGGGAGACUGAGGGAAUGCCAUUAUUCUGUUUGAUGUUGGUUAUGAGGGCAAUGAUGGGUGCCAUCGGGAGAUCUGUGAACAAUGGUGUGUUCCACUGUGUUCAGAACAGCAUACUAGCUUUCUAAUCUUACUAUUGCUGCAGUGUAUAGUAUACUGGCAAAAUAUGGACACACACACAAAAAAAAAAAAGAGCAAAAUGACCACCCAUAUGUUCUAAAUGCUGACUGGACACACACAUUGAAUUAAACAUGCAAUGUGAUAC